AUGAAGUGUUUUCGAUUGCGGCACGUCCUUGGCGUCAGCCCUACGCCUACCUGUGCUGCCACACUUGCCAUCAACCGCCGACCUCAAGCUUACCAACCACAAGCAUACUGUUCCGAAGGCACUCAUGCGUACUUCAAUCGCACAAUGUCGCAAACUCAGACACACACGGAGUCGGUAGAUGGUCAAGACCACGAUGAGGUGCAGAAGAAGGCAAAGAACAGAAGGCCAGCUAAUACUGCCUUCCGGCAGCAGCGACUGAAAGCGUGGCAACCCAUCCUUACACCCAAGACGGUUUUGCCUCUCUUUUUCAUAGUUGGAAUCAUCUUCGCUCCAAUAGGAGGGCUUCUACUCUACGCCAGUGCCCAAGUGCAAGAGAUAUCAAUCGACUAUACUCAUUGUCGGGACGAGGCACAAAAUACCUCGAUUGACAGCACAGAAUACCAGACAAUUCCCAGCAAAUAUACUUCGUCGUCAUUCAAAGGCUCCAAUUCGAAUUGCUCAAGCAACCCAACAUACAAAUGGAGAUCAUACAACAUCAACCGUACCUACUACAGUGACCAUCCUGUGGAUACUUCGGUCUGCUCAUUGCAGUUCAACAUCCCCGACAACCUCAAACCUCCGGUACUCCUCUACUACCGUCUCACGAAUUUCUACCAAAACCACCGCCGAUACGUUAAAUCUCUGGACUCGAAUCAAUUGAAGGGCGAUGCUAUAAACAACAAUUCUCUUGGCGCGUGUAGUCCUUUGAACACCGACCCCAAUGGGAAGCCGUACUGGCCUUGCGGUCUCAUCGCCAAUUCAAUCUUCAACGAUUCAUUUGCAAAUCCCGUGCAGCUGAAUGUGCACGAUAGCUCUGCCUUCAACGUUACAUACAACAUGACAGAAAAUGGUAUCGCCUGGAGCAGCGAUAAAGCUCUGUAUGCUCCUACAAAAUACGACCCUGCAGAUAUCACUCCUCCACCCAACUGGUAUUUGCGAUACCAAGAUGGUUACACCUCGGACAACUUACCAGACUUGGAAAGCGACGAAGCUUUUCAGGUUUGGAUGAGGACUGCUGGGCUUCCGAAUUUCAGUAAGCUGGCGAAGCGCAACGAUAAUGAGACCAUGCAGUGUAGCAUGUACCAGGUGGAUAUCGAAAAUAACUUUCCGGUCGAUAUAUAUGGAGGCACCAAAUCCUUGGUCAUAUCCACUCGAACAGUGAUGGGAGGGAAGAAUCCUUUCCUUGGGAUAGCGUAUGUGGCAGUUGGUGGCAUCUGCAUUGUCCUCGGCGCCUUAUUCACAGUGACCCAUCUCAUUAAGCCCCGCAAACUCGGAGACCAUACCUAUUUGUCAUGGAACAAUGACCAACCCAGCACAGCGACCGCAACCGGGAUUUCAAGACCAGGUAAUGAUGCAGCAUGA